UGUUGAAACAAAAUGUUAAGAACAUGAACAUUUUAUUAAAGUUUGAGGCAAAUUGUGAGCGUAUGGGUAAUUUAAAAUAAUGUCGAGUUAUUAUUUAUUUGUUUUUAUAUAGUUGAUAAAAUAUUUCUCAAUAAAUAUCAGUACGAUAGUGUUUUAACUGUUGUCCUGAUUUUAACGUUAUAUUAUUAUUUGAGUGUUAUUAAACCCUCCCGCAUUUAAUUAACAUUUCUCCAAGAUAUGUGCAUUCUCAACGGAAUUAUAUGGGCUGGGUUUCGACGCUAAGUAUAAACUACAGUGGUAAGCCCAACUGUAAUGUAUACAAGUGUAGUACACUGUGUAUAUUUGUUAUCUUUUUGACUGUAAGAUGGGAAAGUUUUUGUCAAAAAUCUUUGGAAACAAAGAAAUGAGAAUUCUUAUGCUUGGCUUAGAUGCAGCAGGAAAAACAACUGUUUUAUACAAACUAAAGCUAGGGCAGUCUGUUACAACAAUACCUACUGUAGGCUUCAAUGUAGAAACUGUAACGUAUAAAAAUGUUAGGUUCAAUGUCUGGGAUGUUGGAGGACAAGAUAAAAUCCGACCACUAUGGAGGCAUUAUUUUACUGGAACUCAAGGCCUCAUCUUUGUUGUGGAUUGUGCUGACCGAGAUAGGAUAGAGGAAGCUCGCCAAGAACUACACAAGAUUAUAAAUGAUAGAGAAAUGAGGGAUGCUAUCAUACUAGUAUUUGCUAACAAACAAGACCUGCCAGAAGCAAUGAAACCUCACGAAAUCCAAGAAAAAUUAGGUCUCACUCGCAUUCGAGACCGUAACUGGUACGUGCAGCCAUCUUGUGCCACAACGGGCGAUGGACUAUAUGAAGGAUUAACUUGGCUUACAUCAAAUCAUAAAUCCUGAAAAGUUUAGUCUAUUGAACUUUAACUAAUUUUUAAUUUUCCAUUUUAUUCUGCAUGUGCAAGGAGAAGAACUAGAGACAUUAACAUCUGGGCUUUGCUCAGUUGCUACUUACAUUGUAAGAGGUCACCUAAAAUAAGGUGAUGUACAUAUGCAGUUAGUAGUGAUGCUUUUAAAGUGAGAGAGUGAUGGUUAAAGGAACUUUGUAUGUAAUUUAAUCACAUUCAAUAAGUACAGAGACAUAAAGACCAGUGGACUUCAGUGUAAAACAGCUGUAUUUAAUUUCUUUUUAAUAAACGUUGAUUAUUUGAUAUGAAA